CAAACGUGAGUGUAAAGUAAUCGUUAAUCUUGUUGCCGGUGAGAGCGUGCAAAGUGACUCAGAAACAGCGGAUAACCGGAAGUUUGGACCAAACAUGCGUUCGGUAACAGUGCUCGCAGUUCUAAGCACGUGCAUCCUGCACAUUUGUAGUUAUCCGUCCAUCGGCUUAACCAAGAGUCUGAAUCCUGACUUCGUCUACUUUCCCGACCAGGCAGAAUACGUGAAACUCUCUAUGAAAUGUCCUGAUAACACGUUCCUCUGGCCAGGAGACAGUCGAUGUUACAGAGAGGGUGAACAAGGUCCCUGCAAUAUCGGUAGAGUGUUAGUUUUCGAUCAGAAAACUCUCAAACCUUCCUGCAAAGAUAACCUUCUCUUCUGAACACUUCUGCUAUCGAUUGCGUACGAUUUUGCCAGAGAUGGCAGCAGAGACCCUCAAUUGUUCACAAAUUCGUCGAUGAAAUAACCAAUUUGCGAUUAUUAAUUUAUUACAUAAUAGGAAGUCUGUGAGCGACGAAAUGAAAAAUUUAACGUCGUUCUAAUUUUGUACUAUUGGAGGUUGUUGAACUUGAUGAUGAAUUUUUAAUAACGCUAUUAAAAUGGUGUGACUUUUC